AGCAGGCGCGGCUGCUCGAGGCCGGGGGUGCGCCGGGCGGCCGGGCGGGCGGCCUGCGCGAUGCCCGCCUCGGGGCCGGGCGCAUGGCGGCGGGCCGAGGCUGGUCGUGGCUACUGACCGGCCAUGAACCAGUACGAGGUGACCAAGGUGUUGGGCGAUGGCUCGUUCGGAUCGGUGCUGCGGGCGCGGAACAGGAACAGCGGAGAGCUGGUGGCCAUCAAGAAGAUGAAGCAGAAGUACCACAGCUGGGAGGAGUGCAUGAAGCUUCGAGAGAUCAACUCUCUGCGAAAGCUCGUGCACCCCAACAUUGUUAAGCUGAAAGAGGUCAUCAGAGAGAGCGAUGAGCUGCAUCUCGUUUUCGAGUUCUGCGAGGGGAACCUCUUCGAGCACAUGAAGGCCCAGCAGAGCAAGGGGAAGUCCCUGCCCGAGAGCAAGGUGUGCAGCUACACGUUCCAGACGCUCCAGGCCGUACAGUUUGUCCACAAGCACGGCUACUUCCACAGAGACCUGAAGCCCGACAACCUGCUCGUCAGCGGGGAGGUGGUCAAGCUGGCCGACUUCGGGCUCGCACGGGAGAUCCGCGCCCGGCCCCCGUUCACGGAGUACGUCGCCACGCGCUGGUACCGAGCCCCCGAGAUCCUGCUGCGGAGCCGGUGCUACAACUCGCCCGUGGACAUGUGGGCCGUGGGCGCCAUCAUGGCCGAGCUCUACGCCAUGCGCCCGCUGAUGCCGGGCACCUCCGAGCCCGACCAGCUGUUCAGGAUCUGCUCGGUGCUGGGGACCCCCACGCAGGCGCAGUGGCCCGAGGGGCACAGGCUCGCGGGGCAGCUGGGCCUCCGCUUCCCGCAGGUGGCGCCGACGGCGCUGGAGGCGCUGCUCCCGCAGGGGAGCGCCAGCGGCUUGUGCGCGGCGGGCCAGCUGCUGCAGUGGGACCCCGGCAGGCGCCCCACCGCCUGCAGGAUCCUGCAGCACCCCUUCUUCGAGGCGUGUGCGCCCGAGGCCCCCGCGGG